CUGAAGUUGCAUGCAUUGCGCGAUUUGUCAUGGCAUUGGCACCGACGGUGGUUACUAGUUUGCAGAGGAAACACAAUACCGAGUUCUUGGACGAGCCCAUGCGAACGGGUCCCAGGGCCGGCUCAUUGGACACCGACGAUGCCAGCAUGUCCUCCACCAAUGUGGAAAAACAGGAAUCGUUUGUGCAUACCUUUCGCCACUGCUGGCCGUUGCUCUUUGCCCUACUCUUCCUGGGUGGCACCUCCUUUGGCGUGGCCGCGAUGGUCAAAACUUUCGAGAUCGAUCCUAUCUACGGUAACUGGACCAUGGCUCAAUACAGGCAAGACGCGACGCUCGGCGAAGGCUGCCGAGCCGUGGACCACGAAGUGCCGUGGCGGGAAUUGAAGCGAAAGUUGCUGCGAUGUCGCCGAGGCCAGUACUACGACCCGUUGCACAACGAUUGCGCCGAGUGCCCCGCCGACUCGCCCGACGACAAGGUGUUUGCCGUGUUCUGGGAGACCCAAAGCAAUUGCCAAAAUCUCGUGGGCAACCCCCACACUCGAUUCUUGACGCACAUCAUGUGGUCGUUCGUGGAGCCGGGGGAGGAUGGCACCGUGCCCUCGGAGUUUCAAUACUGGAGCCAGGAGCACAUCAAGGACUGCAUCUUGCAGUUGCGCAUGCGGUGCAUCAAAAACAUGGUGGCCAUCGGCGGGGCGACGGCUCGAGAGCGAUUUCUUGAACUCAAAGAUCCCGCCAACCUCGAGCGGUUCAAACACUCGUCCAUGAAAGUGGUCCAGGAAUUUGGAUUUGACGGGAUCGACAUCGACGACGAAACCGGCAACAUGAAGGGAACCCAUCAAGAUUGGCUCACACAUCAUGGCCCUGUGGUGGUCAACUACCUGCAAGCGUUAAGAGAUGGUGUGUAUUCCAUGCCGGCUAUUCGAAUAACGUUGACAUAUUGUAGGGCUGGAUGCCAUACAACGCCCGGACGAGCCGCGGUACCUGCUGACAUGGGACGAGUUUCCUCAUUCGUGGGACCCUCCCGACCCCACCAACGAGCUAUACACUGGCUGCAUCUCCUUUCAUAAAGACUACGAUGGAUGGCAUCGCUGCUACGAGCCGCGCAUCUCGGCCCUUGUGGACAUGGUCAACGUUAUGUUUUACAACAUGGACAGCGGCGAUGUAAGAAUAGCUUCAGUGCUGUUGUAGCGAUGUGUUGACUCACUUGUGGACUAUUUGUAGUGGGUGUAUGAACUCGUGUUGAAGGAGACGCUGCCCGUCAAGGCCGCCGCCGUGAUUCCCAAGAACAAGAUCGUCGUCGGCGCGUGCUCGGGCCAGGGGUGUGUGUCGGAGCAGCCGAUUGGCCAAGAAGUGUACAAUGCUGGCAAUGGCUCGGCCUUCUAUCGAGGCACCAUGUUGUGGAGUGCCACGAUUGACAUUUUGCUCGAAAACUCGUCGAGCAUCAGUCGCAUGGGUCGAGCAGGCAAUUACGGCGUCAAGAUGCCGUUUCGCGGAAAGUUCACUUAAUCGAUUGAGCCGUUCCAUGAUGUGUUUAGGGUGCGUCGUGCUUUUCAGUCAAAUUUGCCUAUUUUGGGGGAUUGAUGAAAUCGCCAACUAAUCGAGCAAAGGAGUAUGAUUGGCUAUAAAGAAUGAAGGCUGAAAUAUGAUUUGCUGAAAAUA